AUGCAUGCUCCCACAGGCCUACUUUCUCUCCCCCGCGAACUGCGCGACCAAAUCUACCCCUACUUAACAACCGCAACCUGGAACCCCCAAUCCUCCCUCCGCAUAAUCCCACCCCCAUCCAGCGACGGCCAACUCUACUUCUGGCCCGAGCACGCCAAAUGGCAACCCAUAGCCCUCCUCUCCGUAAACCGCCAGCUCCGCUCCGAAGUCCGAGACUUCAUCGCCAGCCAACACAAAACGGGAAACGUACGCUUGGAACUCGACAUCUGCGUCAAGGGAUACGUCUACACCCCAACGUGGACAUUUCUGAACUUCGCCUUCAGACCGAGGGAUUCGCUGGAUUUACACGUCAACCUGACACUCUUCAGCACGGAAGCCUUCCGUCGGAAUGAUGGCUGGCCGAGACAGCCCGGACAGAUCUUUCGCGCGUUGCUAAAUUUCCUGAAUCGAUUUAUUUACAGAGGCCCGAGUUUUCUGGACAGUGAUCCUCCAUUCGAGACGCCCGGACCGCAUUUCAUCAAGACGCUGUCGGUGGAUGUCACGUUUCAGGAUUACUACACGAUGGAUACGUGGCCGGAGACUGUGCAUGAGGUUUUUAGGAUGCUGAAGGCUUUGACGAUGUUGAAUACGGCGGGGAGAUAUAUUGGGAGGGUGGAGGUGAGGGUCAUUUACAGCCACGGCUUGCGAGCGGUUCAUCGGCAGGCGGGUUGGGAUGUGAGACCUGCAGGUGCGGAUGCUACGACUCCGGCUCUUUUCAAAGAAGACGAUUGGGCGCGGAUAGGCUUCUUCUUCGGCGAUGCGUGGCUCGAACGCCAGCGAGUACCGAGAAGCUUUCAGUCGAACGUAGGAGAGACGAUGCUAAACAGUUGA